AAUCGUUGCUGCUACUUUGACAAGGUUUUUUUUUUCCUGGUCUAUGGCUUUAAUUCAAAUAUUUUGCAUUAAUAAAACAGCUAAUUCUGUUGUUGACACUUUUUACGUCAUUGCGGUGAAUGUCAAAAAACUCCAGUAACGGCUGAGGGUUCCAUGCCACUGCUGUCCCACUCUGUUCUAAGUCACCAGUCACCAGUAUGGAUGAAGAAAGCCUUGAGGCUGCGAUCGCUGCCUAUAAUGUACAGCUACAGCAGGUGGAGAUGGCCCUUUCAGCUGGCCUGGACCCCAGCCAGCAGCCAGACCUGCUCAAACUGAAAGAAGACAUUUGCCAGCUGAUAGAACUAACUGAGGCCAGCCUGGUGUCUGUCAAAAAGAGUCGGCUGCUGUCCAGCCUGGAGGACAGUAACGAACUGCAGAUAAACACCUUAGAGACAGCCGGUGACACCAAUAGUGCAAAUGGCAGUCUGGCCGCUGAGUUUGCUGCUUUUUACUCUGAACUGGGAGAGUGUUCAGGCAGCAGCUCUGAUGCUAGAGAGAAAGAUGAAGUGGAAGGUGGAACGGUGGAUUAUGAUGAGGAGGGAGAAGAAGAGGAGGAUGAUGAAGAAGAAAAUACACUUAGUGGCACCAAAGUUAGAGCACCCUACAGAACAACAUGGGGGACGCUAGAGUACCACAAUGCCAUGGUGGUGGGGGCAGAACCUCCAGAUGGAGAAGAGGCACAAUUAAGGGUGCUCUACAUCUAUCCUACUCAGAAAUCUAUGAAGCCCUGUCCGUUCUACCUGGAGGACAAAUGUCGCUUUGAGGAUAACUGCAGGUUUUCUCAUGGUGAGGUGGUUUAUAUGUCAGAGCUCAGAGAGUUCCUGGACUGUGACCUCAGUAAUCUUGAAGAGGGUUCAGCCUGCUUGGCUCGACAUGAGGACGGCAUCUGGUAUCCAGCCAAGAUAAAAGAAAUUGACAGUGGGUUCUACACUGUAAAGUUUGACUCACUGCUGUUGAAAGAGGCUGUAGUUGAAGCUGACGGCAUCAUCCCACCUCUAAGAGAAGAUGACCCAGUCUCCUCCGACUCUGACACAACGGACACGGGAGAUGGAGAGGCUCUGGGAUACGCAAAAGUUCUCGACUCUGCCAUGGAAUCUGCAACAACAUUCAACAGCUCUAACUUUGGUGGUUGGGAGGCACACACCAGAGGCAUCGGAUCCAAACUUAUGCUCAAAAUGGGUUAUGAAUAUGGAAAAGGUUUAGGGAAGCUGCAAGAGGGUCGAGUGGAGCCUGUGAUGGCAGUCGUCCUCCCAAAGGGAAAGUCUCUGGACGAGUGUGUGGAGCUCACACUGAGACGCACACAGAGCAGGACUGCUAAAAAUGGCACACAAGCUGCCCGUCCGAAACGGCGCAGAAAACCUCGAGCCGCGACCGGAGAGCGCAAAACUGUCUUUGACUUUUUAAACCACAAGUUAGGAGACAGGAGCACAGGUUCUGCAGAGGGGGGCGCUGCUGUGCCGUCGGCAGUGACAGGGGUGGAGGCUUACAGAGCAGGAAAAAGCACCAAGAGGACUUUGAAUGUGAAGCUGUUUCAGGCUGCUCAGAGGGUGUCCCAGACUGAGAGGGAGAUCCAGAAACUGAGCGAGUCUCUCAGCAGACAGACAGGCAGGGACGCGUCCAGAGUCAAGCAGCUGGAAGAGCAGCUGUCUGCGCUCCGCCGCCUGCUGGCCCAGCAGAAAGCUCAGGAGCUGUCGAUCCAGAAAGAGCACAAGAAGGCGGACACACACAAGAAGAUGACAGAGUUCUGA